AUGAACCUGGAAGAGUAUUUUGCGAGGACUGGCUAUAAAGGUUCCCUUGAAAAACAAGAUUUGGAAACCCUAACCAACAUAUUCCAGCACCACAUCCGUGCUGUUCCCUUCGAGAACCUCAGUAUCCAUUGUGGGGAGAAAAUUACUUUGGAGUUGGAGCAGGUUUAUAACAAAAUUGUGCGGAGGAAGCGGGGUGGCUGGUGCAUGGAAAACAACCAGCUGUUGGGCUGGGUCCUGAAACACCUGGGGUACGACACCAGCUUUCUGGGAGCCUACGUGUUCAAUCCACAUCAAAAUGCAUAUGCCACCAUCAUGACCCAUCUUGUUGUAAAGGUCAUUAUUGAGGGCAGAGCUUAUAUUGUUGAUGGAGGCUUUGGGGUGUCCUAUCAGAUGUGGCAGCCGAUGGAGCUUGUGUCGGGGAAAGACCAGCCCCAGGCUCCCGGCAUCUUUCGUUUCACAGAAAAAAAUGCCAUCUGGUACCUUGAGAAAAUGAGACGGAAACAAUAUAUUCCUAAUCAAAACUUCUCCAAUUCUGAUCUUCUGGAGAAUAAAGAGUGUCGGAAGGUUUAUAUGUUCAGCCUGGAGCCACGGACAGUGGAAGAUUUCCGUUCCCAGUGCACGUACCUUCAGACAUCUCCAGAUUCCCUCUUCACAAAGAAGUCCAUCUGCACCCUCCAGACCACCGAUGGUUUUCGAGCUCUAAUUGGGUGGACACUCACUGAGACCACAUACAACUACAAAGAAAACAUGGAUCUGGUGGAAUUCACAACUCUUCAGGAUGAAGAGGUGGAAAAAACCCUCAAAGAGAAAUUCAGCAUAACCCUAGACCAAAAACUUGUCCCAAUUAACGUAAAAGGAUUUUACACGAUCUAG